CUGACCGGAAAGAGGAAGCGGCGCUCAGCACGUGGGGGCCGUGUCGGUGGGAGGGCUCUGCGUCUUCUUGGUUCCUGGGAAGGGAAGCUGGCCGCGGCGGGCGCUGAGCACCAGGGACGGGGUGCCGGGGCCUGGAGGGAGGCUGCGAAGUCGGGAGACCCGCCGAGCGCCAUGGAGGGCUCAGGGGAGCAGCCGGGCCCACAGCCCCCGCAGCCCGGAGACCACCGCAUCGGCGACGGCGACUUCGUGGUGCUGAAACGGGAAGAUGUGUUCAAAGCAGUGCAAGUCCAGAGAAGAAAAAAAGUAACUUUUGAGAAACAGUGGUUCUAUCUGGAUAACGUCAUUGGCCAUAGUUAUGGAACCACAUUUGAAGUGACCAGUGGAGGAAGUCUUCAGCCUACGAAGAAAAAGGAAGAGCCUACUUCAGAGACCAAAGAAGCGGGCACUGAUAAUCGAAAUAUAGUUGAUGAUGGGAAAUCUCAGAAACUUACUCAAGAUGACAUAAAAGCUUUAAAGGACAAGGGCAUUAAAGGAGAGGAAAUAGUUCAGCAGUUAAUAGAAAAUAGCACAACAUUCCGAGACAAGACAGAAUUUGCUCAAGAUAAAUAUAUAAAAAAGAAGAAAAAGAAAUAUGAAGCCAUCGUUACUGUUGUGAAACCAACUACCCGCAUCCUUUCAAUUAUGUAUUAUGCCAGAGAACCUGGAAAAAUUAACCACAUGAGAUAUGAUACACUAGCCCAGAUGUUGACAUUGGGAAACAUUCGUGCUGGCAAUAAAAUGAUUGUGAUGGAAACGUGUGCAGGCUUAGUGCUGGGUGCUAUGAUGGAACGAAUGGGAGGUUUUGGUUCCAUUAUUCAGCUGUACCCUGGAGGUGGCCCAGUUCGGGCAGCAACAACAUGUUUUGGAUUUCCAAAAUCAUUCCUCAGUGGUCUUUAUGAAUUCCCACUCAACAAAGUGGACAGUCUCCUAAAAGGAACAUUUUCUGCCGAGAUGUUAUCUUCAGAGCUAAAGGACAGUGCUUCAGUGGAAGAAAGUAAUGGCACACUGGAAGAAAAACAGACUCCAGAACAAGAGAACGAAGACAGCAUGGCAGAGACCUCAGAGAGCACUCACCCCAAAGAACAAGAAACGAUGGAAAUUGUCUCUCAAGACCCAGAGUAUAAGGAUCCCAAAGAGAGAGGAAGCAAAAAGGAUUAUAUUCAGGAAAAGCAGAGGAGACAAGAAGAGCAGAGGAGAAGACAGUUAGAGGCUGCUGCUCUGCUGAGUGAAAGGAACGCAGAUGGCUUAAUUGUAGCCAGUCGUUUCCAUCCCACUCCACUGCUGCUGUCGUUGCUGGACUUUGUGGCCCCUUCGAGGCCGUUCGUGGUCUACUGCCAGUAUAAAGAGCCUUUGUUGGAAUGCUACACAAAACUGCGGGAAAGAGGAGGGGUCAUCAACCUCAGGCUGUCUGAAACCUGGCUCAGAAACUACCAGGUUUUACCAGAUCGAAGUCAUCCCAAACUGCUGAUGAGUGGAGGUGGGGGGUACCUUCUCUCAGGCUUCACUGUCACCAUGGACAACCUUAAAGCAGACCCUGGUCUCAAAUCCAACUCAAGCACUUUAGAAUUACGCAAGACUGAAGAACCAGCAGCUAAAAAACGGAAAUGCCCAGAGUCUGACUCUUAACCUUUCAAAAGUUGCUUUGAUUUUUGUUCUUAGGCGUUAUGCAGUUAGGAAGUAAACUUUAAAUGUCCUAAGAAUAAGAUUAUGUCUGUACACUUGUUCCUGAGAAAGAUAAGUAAGCCUUUUGUUCACCUCUGACAGAUGGAUCUGGUCUGUCAAAACCUUGAGCCAAAAUACCCAGGCCUGGGUAUGCAAUGGGCUGAGAUAUGGCCAAUUCUGUUUAUUUCACAGCAAUACACUAAGUACUUUUAGUACUCCAUGCAGAUAUCUUGAGAAUUUAGACAUCCUAAAGAUAUAUUUAUACAAGACUUUGUUUAUGUGUUAAGCAGAAUAACACAGCAUAGUUAAAACUUGGUGGGUACUUUAAGGAAGGAAUUUGUGGAAAAAUUUCCCUGUUCCACUCUGCAACCUAAGCAAUACUGAUGUGUGUGUGUUAGAUUUACAGUACCAAAAAUGUCCACCCUCUUCCAUGCAGUGGAAGAAACUUUUAAAAUGCCAGAUGUUUUAUUUUAAUAGUUGACAACCUAGGAAAGUCAAGUAUUUAUUUUAUUGCUUUUUUUUGUUGAUAGAAAGGUGUAGUAGGGUGCUUUUUUGUAUUAAUUUACCAAUCUCCUCAUUCUUUAUUCUAAAUAAAGUGACUAGAAUUUUGGAGUACUGUUCAGUUAAAGGAAGCAAAGGGUUUUUUCCCUCCCCAGAGACUUAUGGAGAUACAUAAUUGUAUACACAAAUAUAUGUACAGUGAGUCCUCAUUUAACGUUGUCAGUAGAUUCUGUGACUUGAAGCAAAAACAAUGUAUACUGAAACCAAUUUUACCAUAGGCUAGUUCAUAGAAACAAGAGUUAAGUUCUUAUGGCAUCUCAUCAAUGUUAUAAUGAAAUUACACUGAAUGAACCGAUGUUAUCCGAGGACCUGCUGUAUAUGGAUGUUGGUAUAUAUUCAUAUAUAUAGAUAUUUAUAUAAAUACACAUACACACGGAGACAGGAUGCACUAUCCCUAUGACUCUGACAAAGUUUAGCACAGGGCUUAGACCAGUUCUCAUUGCAUUAGUGUCACUCCUUGUCAAAUGUAUUUUAAAGUGCCUUUUUGGUGAUUAUUAAUGCUGGUUUGUUGAGCUCUGGCAUGAUUAGUUGGUUAGUCUUUUUAAGCUCUGAAAAAACAUAAUCACAUUAUUUGGGCAUCUGCUGCAGCCAAGAAAAGUAUUUCAAGUCAGCCAAGGCUCUUGUCCACGAGUCUUGCUCACUAAAUACGCUCAUUGUGUGUACGUAUUGUUCACAUCGUUAGAGUGCAGAUGCAAGUCAUCAGCCAGGAGCAUCUCAGAAAAAAAAGCUUUUCCUAAUAGCAUGCACUAUUUUAAUAAUUGCCAGUGUGAUUACCAGGUACAGUUCUGAUUCUUUUUUCUUAAAACAAUUGCUUUCAAAGAAUAAAAGUGUUUUCUACUGGGA